CAAGGUUAGGUCUUAAUUUAACCACCAACUGGAUACUUAAUUUUAGACACACAGAGGAACACAUGCACUCCAGGGCACUUCCUCUGCUUUAGGAGGGCAAAUCCCUGGAUGAGAAUGACAAGAUGAUCAUUCCAAAAGGAUAACUCCCAGUGAUUGUCUCUUGGACUUUCACUAGAUGAGCCCAGCAACCAAGAAUCAUAGCAUUUUCAAGGUAUGGAUCCUAAUGAUGACCUCGAUGAAGAUAAUCUUACAAGUUAUGAUAUUCAGCUUAGUAUUCAAGAAUCCAUUGAAGCCAGCCAAACUGUAUUUAACCCUGAAAGAUUUGUGCCACUAAGCAAUCAAAACAGAAAACUCACAGAGGCCAUAAAACAAAGUCACAUCCUUGAGCUCCAGGAAUUUAUGAAAUACAAAUAUGCACUGGAUGAAGCUGAUGAAAAAGGAUGGUUUCCACUGCAUGAAGCUGUUACUCAACCUGUUCAACAGAUACUUGAGAUUGUUCUAGAUGCAUCUUAUAAGACAAUCUGGGAAUUCAAGACCUGUGACGGAGAAACACCCUUGACUUUGGCAGUCAAAGCUGGUCUGGAGGAAAAUGUAAAGAUUUUACUCGAAAAGGGAGUAUGUCCUAACACCAAAAAUGAUAAAGGAGAGACACCUCUUCUGAUUGCUGUUAAAAGGGGCUCCUUUGACAUGGCAUCUGCUCUGAUUAAACACAACACCAGCCUUGACCAACCGUGUGUCAAGCAAUGGUCAGCAAUGCAUGAAGCAGCCAAGCAAGGCAGAAAAGAUAUCAUAUCUCUGCUACUAAACCACGGAGGCAAUGUCCACCUGAGAGAUGGAUUUGGAGUCACACCACUAGGCAUUGCUGCAGAGCAUGGUCAUUGUGAUGUUUUAGAACAUCUAAUCCACAAAGGUGGUGAUGUGUUUGCUUUGGCGGAUGAUGGGGCAUCAGUAUUGUUUGAAGCAGCAGGAGGUGGUAAUCCUGACUGCAUUGCUCUCCUGCUGGAAUAUGGAGGGAGUGGAAAUGUACCUAAUCGAGCGGGGCAUCUCCCCAUACACCGAGCUGCCUAUGAGGGACAUUAUCUUGCACUGAAAUAUCUUAUCCCAGUAACAUCCAAAAAUGCAAUUCGGAAAAGUGGACUAACUCCAGUUCACUCUGCAGCAGAUGGACAGAAUUCACAGUGUCUCGAACUGCUCAUUGAAAGUGGUUUCGAUGUCAACACCUUACUCGCUGACCACAUUUCCCAGAGCUAUGAUGACAAGAGGAAGACUGCACUGUACUUUGCCGUUUCUAAUAAUGACAUCCACUGCACAGAAAUCCUUCUGGCUGCAGGUGCAGACCCAAAUCUGGAUCCCCUCAACUGUCUGCUUGUGGCAGUGAGGGCCAAUAAUCAUGAAAUUGUCCGGCUGCUUCUCUCACGUGGAGCCAAUGUCAAUUGCUAUUUUAUGCAUGUGAAUGACACUCAUUUUCCCAGUGCCAUUCAGUAUGCCUUAAACGAUGAGGUUAUGCUGAGGCUGUUGCUGAAUAAUGGCUAUCAAGUGCAGAUGUGCUUUGACUGCAUGCAUGGGGACAUAUUCGGAAAUUCAUUUGUGUGGUCAGAGAUGGAGGAAGAGGUCAUGCCAGGAUGGACAUCUUGUGUAAUAAAAGAUAACCCGUUCUGUGAGUUUAUUACAGUUCCUUGGAUGAAGCACCUGGUAGGCAGCGUUAUUCGUGUAUUAAUCGAUUACAUGAAUUAUGUCCCUCUGUGUUCCAAGCUGAAGUCUGCACUAGAAGUACAGAGAGAAUGGCCAGAGAUACGCCAAAUAUUGGAGAAUCCUUGUUCUUUAAAGCAUUUGUGUCGAUUAAAAAUUCGAAGACUUAUGGGACUCCAGCGACUCUGCCAGCCAGCCUCUGUAGAGAAGCUACCUUUACCACCAGCUAUUCAAAGAUACCUAUUAUUUAAAGAGUAUGAUCUCUAUGGACGAGAGCUAAGAUUGCCAUAACUUAAAAAUAAUAUUUUAAAAUGCAAUUUCUAAAAGAUUUUAAAACGUGAUUCCUUUAAAAUGUGAGAAUUUAUUGGAAUCAUUUUACAUCCUUAAGUAUCUUUAAAUCCAUUGACAAUC